AUGGAUGUUGAUGGAUCUGCAGUUGCUCAGGCUGACGUCCCCAUGGCCGCGGCAGCUGCGCCUGGCCAGAGGCUUUUCUGCCCUGUACCAGGCUGCCCCUGUGCUGAUGGCGCCCGGGCCCGAGGGUGGGCUUCGGCAGGCACUCUCAGGACGCAUGUUGAUGCCCACCUUGGAGGCUCGUUGGCAGGUCGUGUCCCCGCAUGCUGGCUUCAAGAUCGCGAUUUGCAACAAUGUUUGGUGUGUGGAUUGAGCGUGGCCAAGCGCUAUGGCAUCCAUCCGACAUGUCGUCCCACUGCUCGAGCCGCUGCUGGGCCUGGGCCGGCCUUGGGACCUCGGGGCCCGGAUGAUGGCGCCCUCUCUUCUUUGUCCGAGAUCCAAUGCAGUAAUACUCCCACGCUGAGGCAUGUCCUGGCCCGUGCUCGCUAUGCUUGGGCCCAAGCUCUCGCUCGGGCAUGUGCUGCGGCCGCUGAGUACAACAAUGAGCGUGCCUGGGUGCACCUGCUGAUGCUUCCACAAUCGGUGCUGUGUGCCCCUCCGCGGAGUGGUCGCAAGCACGCUGGUGCUUUCACCUUGGAGCGCCUCCAAAGGUGGCAAGAUGGCGAGCGGGCCACACUGUGGGUCAGCCGCCCUCAGCGUCCCCGGCAACAUGCCCGGCAGCUGACCGAGGACCAAAAGCGUGUUGCAGCCGCCUUGUCGGAUCUGAAUUCUGCUUUUGAGCCUGCUCAGAAGCUCACUGCUGCUGCCGCACUUGCACUCUCCCAGAAAGAGUUGAGUCGUCGAGCUGAUGAAGCUGCUUGGACCUGCCAGCUGGCGUUGCGAGUUCGACUUGGCGUUCCUGAAGCGCGUGGAGAUGUCUGGUGUCCCAAAUGCGAUGCCGUGCUGGACACUUAUGGCCAUCACUCUGGGAUGUGCUCAGCUGGUGGGGAGCGCGCUUUGCGCCACAAUGGCCUGCGGGACUUGGUUUACAGCUGCUGGGCUGAAAAGGGCUGCCUUCGCCCUGAAAAAGAACGACCUGGCCUCUUGCUGCUCCAGCAGCCUGAUGAAGUGCACAAUGCCCCCCGACGACCUGCUGAUGUGUUUCUCCCUUUGUUCCAUGGUCGUCCGACCGCCCUUGACUUCGCCAUCACGGCGCCUCAGCGGUUGGACGUCCUUGGAGCGGCGGGGAUCACUUUGGCUGCGUCGGCGUACACUGAGCACAAGCGAAGGCAUUUGGAUACUGCUGAGGCCUUGGAAUCCAUCGGCCGUGCAGCUGGCAGUGAUGGCAGCACGCUGCUGCAAGAGGCUUCUGUGCUUGUGCGCAGUUGGAGGGCCCGGGCUGCGUUGCGAAGGCGUGCCGAAUUGGACGCCUAG